CUCUAAAUGGCGACACCAACACAAGAGGACUACGAAGAGCUUAUCCUCUCAUGCCGCUACGGUGAUCGCGAAGAUGUUGAAUCCUUCAUCUCUCAGUUCGGGGUAGAUCAUCUCGCCACAGCGAGGGACGACAACGGAAACACGAUACUGCAUAUGGCGGCUGCCAAUGGUCAUACAGAUCUCGUCAAAUACAUCCUCCCACAAAUCCCAAAAUCAUCCCUCCCCGUCCUUCUCCGUGCACAAAACAACUCAGGGUCGACAGCCCUGCAUUGGGCCGCUCUCAACGCUCACCUCGAGACUUGUCAGUCCAUCGUAGGGUUCGAAGCAGGCGAGGGUACAGGAGUCGAGCUCCUCGAGAUACGAAAUGUUAUUGGUGAUACUGAGAAUGAGAAGGGUGUGGAAAAGGAAGGAAAGAAUGAGGAAAGAGAGGGUGGGAAUGGAAGGAGUGUGCUUGGUGUGGCGGAGGAGGCUGGAUGGGAAGAAGGAGCAAGAUGGAUGGUCAGUGUCAUGCGGUUGGGCGAAGGGACCGGAGAGGGUGCUGGAGGUAAGUCGAAGGAAGGGGACGGUGGAGAUGAAGCAGGAGACGAGGAUGAGAAGUUUGAGGGAGGUGAAGUGGAGGUGGAGAUUGAGGAUGCGGAUGGUGGGAUUGCGAGGAUGAGUCUGGGGCCGAAUGGGGCGAAGCCUGUGGAAGUGGUUACGCCACCAGCGACGGAAGAGGCGAAGUCAUGAUGUUGAUGGGGCUGGGUAGGUUGUUGAAAAAAUUGCUGUAUCUUGUAUCAUCUUGUAUCCACCAUCGAGACCUUGUGUAGGUUCCCCUAUUCAGAAGUCUCAAUCUAAAUUCCGAUCAAGGCGA